AUGACACAAUCCUCGAUCCUCAACCACAAGACAAAUCAAAACAUGAUUCUGGAUCUUGACCCAGCAAAAUACGACGUGUUUCUUCAACCGAUCGUCGAAUGUUUAAGGAAAACCCAAUAUACCAAGUCGAGGUUUUGCAACCUCCUAAGGCUUUCACAGGGCCGUGACUUAAUUGAUCCUGAGAUUAUCUCUAAUUCAGAAAUUCUAGAGAUGUUCUACCAAACGGGAUACAAGGAAACAUUAAUUGCUAUUUCAAAAUUCAAGAAGCCCAAAUUAUCGCCGAUGUGCAACGGUCUUUUCACUCUUCUAUUCAGGAGCUUCUCGGAGAGGGUUACUAACUCCGACUGUGCAAGAAAGUUCUUCAUGACUUUGAUGUACAAUAUCUACUCCGAAAUCAAUCUGGAUUAUGGUUCUGUUAUCUGGGCCCAAAUGGUCCAAAGCACUCUCUCUACCACAUGA